CUCGUCAGCGGUCUCACUCGUACUUUCGGCACCCAGGACACGCGACGAACGCGCAUCAAAGAAAGAGAAAGAGACGAGGAUGGAAAAUAGAAAAAGUGUAGGUAGGACGACGUUGCGAGGUGCAGAACGGUGCAGCUCUGCGAACCAGGUGCGCGACGUCGUUUCUCGACCGCCUACGAACGGCGGAAUGAUCGUCGGGAACCUCGGGGCGAAGACGAGAAGGCGAACUGACGCCUGACGCCGAUGUCAGACGAAUAGAUCGAUCGAUGUUGCUAGUCACUGAUAACGCCGCGAUAACGCACCGGUUGCCGAGAGCGGCGCGUCCAAAGGUACCGCUGGUACCGCGCGCCAACGAACGCGCCGCGCGAGAAUUAUUUGGAUCGUCGAAUCGAACCACUGCCAUCUCGCGCCCGCCGCGGCGAUAUCGAUACUCUGAUCGAGACGGGAGAUAUCGAUACUCCGCAAACUUCGUGCAUUUCGAAUCGCGAAAAGACCAACGGUUUCUGAAGAAGAGCGUGGAGGAAAUCAAGGACAAUGAAGGGGUCGAGGGAUUGCACAAAAAGUAUUUUCGUCUUCAAUAAAUAAUACGCAGCUGUAAUGUGUAUCACGUGUUUGAUGUACAAAAAAAUUUGCCAACGCGAUUGUUAUUGAUGGGAGACAAACAGGUCUGGUCGUCACGCCGACCGUCUGUCGUGCGUCGAUCCACUCUUUUUUACCCGCAAUUCUUCGCUAUUUUCGUUUUAAUUUGCAUUUAUUGAAUUUAUAUAAAAUUGUCCGAAGGUUCGAAGGAGGAAAAUGAAAAGACAAAACAAAUUAUGGAAAGAAAGCCUCUUGUCGCUUAAAAAGAGAUGAAAUGGACGAGGACGAAGAGGAAGGAGGAGGAGGAAGAAAGAGGAAAGCGGGACCAGCGCCACUUUUUUUUAUCAGAUAUAUCAGACGCAUCCGAAAUCUCGGGGGUCUUCAGGAACCCAGGCGCGAUCCAUAAAACUUCAUGGCAGCCGAUUCACUUUGAAUAAACUUAGCAUAUCUUGGGAUGUAAUCGACGUAUGUUUCCCUCUCGGACGGAGCCAUACGUCUCAGCUGUUUUGACAUUCAGAUGUCUGCGUCUUAUAUAUAGGCGCCUGCCGGGCGAUUUGAAAUUUCUCGGAGAGAAGAAUUCUCUUUUUUUUCUUUUUCCUUCAUGUCGAAGAUGAAACACUUUACAGGCUCAGUUGCUUUCAAGAGAACGUAAGAAAAAACCCGGGAAGCAGGAUUCGAUCGUGCUUCUAAUUCAAGACGAGAAGGAUAGAACAGCGGCGCAGAUCCAGAUAACGGUAUACUCGAUCUCCUGCUGCAAGCCCAUCGCGAAUCCCAAUCGCAUGGAAGGCAGAAAAUCUUCUCAAUCGGCUCGAAACUACGUUCCGCACCGCUUGCGGUCGGCUCCGCUUCCGGUUGGUGUCGGUUCGCCAACGAUCGGCAACCAGGAGUUGCCGCAUGCGCGGUAGGAAGGUUCAGGAUGCUCGCCAGGCGAGUUCGACAGUUUGAUCCCGGAGAAUCGAGCAUAGUUUAUUAGACCGGCACGUACGUGAGGACGGGGAGCAUCUGGACACUGGAUGUAACGAAGAAGAGAGAGAGAGAGAAAAGGAAAAAGGAAACACAGAAGAGCGAAUCUCAGUUUUCAAAUACAACAUUCUACGAUGAAGUGACAUUACGAUAUAAUAUAACGACAUAAGAAGAGGAGCUAAUUAGAAUCAAAACACAAAUAUUGCGAAGCUGCACGUACUCGUCUCUUGGGCCUGUAUAUUCGGUGUCGCCGGAGAGAUGCACACUACACGAAGAGUAUUACGAAGAUUCGCGAGGUUGAUGAACCUUCACGAUGACUUCAACAUCUUGCUCGUCAAGCAUAGAAUGCUUAGAUCCGAUUCACGGUCUUUUAUACCGAACGAAAAUGAUGCUGCUGUUCCUUCUUCGAGGAACAUUGCCGGCCAAGGCUUGGCAAGGAACUUCAUGUUAUCACAAACGUUCGUGCGAGAUUUCAGUACUCUGACGGGAAAGGAACCGCCCGAACCUCGUAGUCUCCCUGUAUUCGGCACGAUGUUGGACCUGAUAUUGGCCGGUGGCGCGAAAAAGCUACACGAAUAUGUGGAUAAGAGACACCGAGAACUCGGACCGGUCUACAGAGAACAGAUUGGACCGGUGCGAGCCGUUUUCGUUAAUUCGGCUGCCGAAUAUCGUAAGAUAUUACUUGAUCUUGCUGGUCCCAUGCCGCGGAACUUCUUGCCGGAAUCCUGGCAACUGUAUAAUGAGAUUCGAGGACAAAACCGAGGUCUGCUCUUCAUGGACGGGGAAGAGUGGUUGCAUCAUCGUCGAAUUCUCAAUAACGUGAUGAUCAAGCCUGAUCCAAUGGAAUUUUUAUGCACACCAUGUCAGGAAAGCGCCAAGAAUUUGACAGAGAAAUGGAAGGCAUAUAGUCAAAUCGGAUGUACAAUACCAAAGUUAGAACAUCAUUUAUAUCAGUGGUCUAUCGAGGUGAUGCUGGCGGUUAUGAUAGGUUCACGAUGGCGGGAUUGCAAGCCGCAACUACGUUCUGAGAUAGAUUACGUGGCAAUGAUGGUACAUCAGAUUUUCGAAUAUUCCGCAACUCUCACAAUUAUACCGCCUAAAUUGGCGAUGAAGUUUAAAUUGCCGAUAUGGACUAAGUUCGUUAAAAUUGUCGAUACGGUGCUGGAAAGAGUACACAAUUUGGUGCCAAAAAUGAUCCAGUUGUCAAAUGGCGACGGACUUUUGCAGAUGAUUACGAAUUACGGUAUUUGCGAUGAUAUGGCCGGCAGAAUAAUUACCGAUUUCAUCAUAGCUGCGGGCGACACAACAUCGGUUGCCAUGCAAUGGAUGUUGCUACUGCUUAGUGGUCGUCCCGAACUACAAGAUCAAUUAUUUCAUGACAUCAAAAACUUGUCAGCAAAGGAAAUUCUGGAACAUAAACUGUUGAGGAAUGUUAGGAAAGAAACUCUCAGGCUUUAUCCUGUUGCACCAUUCCUUGUGAGAUAUUUGCCGACGGAUGCCAUAAUUGGCGGUUAUUUAGUGCCGAAAGGGGAGUUAAUUGUCAUGUCGCUUUACUCGAGCAGCCGCGAUGAGAAGAAUUUUCCACGGCCUAACGAAUUCUGGCCAGAAAGGUGGAUGAAAACGAAGGAAUCUUUACCGCAUUAUCAGGAAGUAAACGAUGCACGUGCCAGUUUACCAUUCGCGACAGGCUUGAGAAACUGCGUCGGUCGCAAACUCGCGAUAACACAAAUGUCUCUUACGUUGGCGGAGCUCAUUAAAAACUUCAAGAUCGAGUGUGAAAAUCGGGAUAGCAUUGAAAUGAUUUUGCAUUUGGUCUCUGUGCCAUCAAAGCCAAUCAAAUUGAAGCUGACUGAUAGAGAAAUAUGACGAGAAUGUUAAAUGAUAAUUACAGAUAUUAGGAAACAAUUAAAGACAAUUUUAUUAAUGACGCGAUGCAAGAAAUGAAAUUCGCUGUAUAGAUAAUUCAUUAUAUU